CAGCAAUCCACUUCGAGAAGAUAUUGUCUUUACUACACGUAGUUUGGAAACAUAAAGAUACAGGUUUGCAAAAUGAAGCUGGUUAUUGCCCUUGUUCUUGUUGCAAUUUUUGCAUUCGAGGAGAGUGACGCACGAUACGUGAGUAGAAGAGCCUACAAUAUUCAAGUUCGACAAGUCGCGUACUGGAGAAAUCGUUACAGCGCACUUGCUAGAAGUUACAAUGCACUCGCAAGUAGAUGCAGGACUGUGAGUUACACCCGGUACAACAGACUACUUGCAGGAUACCGCAGACUGGUGGCGUUCGUGAAUCGCAUGCGUGUCGCAUCUCACAAUAUGCAUAACACUCACAGACGUAUUGCCGGUGGAGACGAAGACAUGCCAGAAAUGCAGCUUGUUGAGGACUCAGAAGACAUGAAUGAACUCCUGAAUUUGCUUCCUGAAUUCAACGAAGAUGUCGACGACCUCCUUGCCUUGACCGAAGAGGUCGAACAAGAUGAAGAAAUUGAGAAAUCCGAAGACUAAUCGAUUUUUCCAGGCAAGCAUAGAUGACAGAAAAAUUGCAACUGAAACUGUGAUUCGUAUAUGUGCUGCUCAUUUGGUUAUUGUUAAUUUAGUGCAAAAAAAAUCAGAUCCAUCUUUUGAUGAUGUUUAUCAUAUAAUCCAGAUCGACUUAAAAAAUUUAAUAAUUGAUUGGA